AUGUUUGAACAGCAAGUAUUCGAUAUUUGCUCAAAUCAUAUGACAAUUUCAGAUUAUAUUCGACAAUUUGAUCUUAAUAAUGCGAAAGAAAAAAAAUUAUACGAAGAGAUUAACACAUGGGAACAAGAAACAAUUGCUGAUGUAAGAAGAACUGCUGAAAAUAUUCGUUCAACUUUACGCUCAUUCAUCAGUAGUUUUCAUGCAAACUUCAACGAUGACACAAAGAUAUUAAUUGAAAAAUAUAAACUAGAACAACAACAAAAUGCUGAAGUUCAAGAUGUACAAUCUAAUUUAGAUAAGAUAACAAAUCGUUUAGAAAAAUUACAAAUAGAAUAUGAACAUUACAUAGCUGACAUUAAAUUAAUCAAACGCGAUCAUAAACGACUAUUAGAAAUUGAAGCCAAAUAUUACACUAAUCAUAAUUUAACCAUUCCCAUUUAUCAAUCAUCACAAGAAUGUGAAGAAUACGUUCCAAUAACAACAUUUGGUAAACGAAUCUCAACUCAACCGAAAAUUGAACUUAAUAUCGGCAGAUUUUGGGCAAUGGGAGGAUCAAAUGAAUAUGUUAUUCUUCAAGAAUAUGAAAAUAAUCUAUUGACAAUAUUUGAUCGUUUUGCAAAUAAACAAACUAUAACAUGGCACUAUGAUGUUGUCAUACGAGAUAUUCAAUGGUAUGAUAAUUUAAAAAAUUUUUUUAUAUUAAUAGAUAAAACAUUAAUUUUAUUUGAUCCCUAUACGAAACAGUAUGAUGAAGUCUCACAAGUUCAACCCUAUCAAAAUGGUAUAUUUCGACGAUGUACAUGUUGGAAUGAUCGAUUAUUUUUAAGUUAUUUUGAACAAGAAUCAUGUAUUGAAUACUGGGAAAUUUCAACAUGGCAAAUGAAACAACGGUGGUUUACUCCAAUUACAUGCAAAUCAAAUGAAAUAAUUGCAUGUCUUCGUCUAAAUUAUGAAAAUCACUUAGGACUAUCAAUACAAGAUGAAACAAUACCACGUAAUAGACGAUUUCGUUUUGAAAUUCGAGAUAUAACAAUGAAUAAUAUUUUACAUACAUUGCAAUUAAAUGUUGACUAUGGAAUAUUUUCAAGAAUGAUUCCAUUGCACGAUAAUAAUUGGGUUGUAUUGAAUAUAGAUGAAACCUGUGUGUUUAUUAUUGAUGACAAAUGUGAACUAAAAGAUAGAAUUGAUUAUCAAGGUGGAACAUUAGUUAAUGUCGCCUUGAUUAGUUCAAAUACGGCAGUUAUAAGAACCACUGAAAAACUUUAUUUCUAUGAUAUCUAA